GGGGUGUAUAAAAACUGACAGAACACAAGAGCUGCUUUAUCCACCCUGUCCCGCUCUGGGUAAGAGGACACCCUAACGUGCUCCGGCUGCUUCACCCUUUUCUUUCUCACUUUUUCUUUUCACUCACACACUCACACUCACACACACACACACCCCCGUCGGACGUGCGCGCGCUCAGGACCAGAAUGGCAGCAUCAUCUACACGGAGAACAGACGCGCUCUGCAGAACGCUGGCCGUUACUCUGCUCCUCAUCGCCCCGCUCUUCUGCGGUAAGUUGUUAAAGAAAGAGGGUCAACUUUUCAGGGAUGGAAUGGCCGCCUGAAAGGAGGGAGAGGGAGGAGCGGGGGGUGGAGGAGGGUGGGGUUGGGGGUGGGGGAGUGUUUGUUUGAAUGGGCUUUGAGCUGAAUCCAGGUUUUAACCCUACAACCCUUUUACUCCCUGGAAUUCACAGAUACGAUCUCCAUAUUUCAGACAUCUGUGACCCAUGAGCGACUGAACCUUUCUGAGUCUGUGUGUGAUUUUUUAUUUACCGAGGAGACGCCGACAGGAAAACACACUUCAGCAAACAAAGGGAGAUGAUUGAAAGUUGAGAUGUUUUCGCUCUAACUGACUUUUUACAUGUUCACUUCAGCAGUAAACCCGACCGGAGCCGCUCGCUGCAGCAGCUCUGUUUGUUACUGACCCGAUUCCCACGUCUUCACGGACUUUGUGAAGUGUGUGGUGAAGUGUGUGUUUUAUAUUUAGCUGGUUGUAAUGUGAGGCCCCCCCCGAGGUGUGCGUGAGAGGAGGGAGUGUUGUAAAUGUGCGUUUCAGAGGAGCUGCAGGAGUUUUGAGUUUUUAUUCUGUAAAAAAAAAAAAAGAGUGACUCAUCUAUGAUCCAAAUCAAACCAAUCAAACAUCUUCAUUAUCUCAUCAUUUAACCACGAGGGUGUGGCCAACUCAGCCCAGGUUGUCUGUUUGUCAGAUUUUGCACAAUGAAGCUCCAACAACAUUUAUUAUUAUUGACUCUUUUUUUCACCGUUAGAAAAGAUGUUUUUAUCCGGAGUUAAAUCGAACCUUCUCAUGAACUUUGUUUCAGUAAAACUCAAAUCAGAGACGUCUUUAAAAAAAGGGUCCAAAUAAGGACGGGGACAUUAGUGUGGAAAUGUGAGACAAAGAGGCGAGUUUAAAGAUGGAGCUGCGUCUGGACAUGUGGUCGCACAUGACUCCAGUUUUAUGUCAUGAACAUUUUCUGAAGCAUCAAUAAGAGAGAAAUAUCCUGAAAUUGUGAAUGUGUGCAUUUUUAAAAGCAGUGAGCCGGUCAGCUGUCUGUGAGACUGAAGGAUAAGAGCUGAAAACACAGAGAGAGAGGUUUUAUGGAGUUUCACACAGAAGAUGGUCAAAAAAGAAGAAGAAAGGAGCUCCUCUGAAACCGCAGCGUGAAGGAAACACAGAGGGAGGAGUUUGUUCUUUAAGACAUGAGCUAAAAUUCACUUAAACCUGAACGAUCAUCCUGACAGUUUAUCAAGUUUUUUUAUUAACGCCUGAAACUGCUGGGGGGGGGUCUGUGGAGCUGUUUCUUCUUCUACUUUCCAUCAUUUAUUUGACUGUUAAAGUUCAAAUUAGUGAAACAUGUCAGGGACAAGGUCAGCUAAGACUGCUGUGUCCAGAGGGGGCGCCAAAACUGACUCAGACUGAAAGUUCCUGACAGGAGCUUUAAUAAAUCUGAGUUUUGGUUUAGUUGGACAGAGUUUAAAGUCUGGUUUAUUCAUUAGUUUAUUUACUGUAUUUAUGCUGCUGUGUGUUUAUUUUACUCUGUAACUCUGAACAUGAACCUGCUGAGGUUUGUACGGUCGUCAGAUCGCCUGUUCUCCCACAGGCUCCUCCUCUUGUUGUUGUUCUCGAUAAUCGAUGUUUUUUUAACUUCAGUGUUUUCAUGUUGGAGCUGAUGGAUGUUGAGCAUCAGCUGAUCAACUGUGAGGAUUAUAAAGAGGGAAGUCUCCAAGAAAAAAGGGUCACUGAGGCCGUGAAGACAACCAUGGUUUAGAUGCUAACCUGUGGACCAAUCACAGGAGGGCUCGUCAUCAGGCAGCAUGUCUGUAUUUAUGUGGGGACAGGACGACGGUUUAGACUUGGUGCCAGAGUUCAUCUCAGACUCGACCUGGGCUGAACGGUUAACGGGUGGCGAGCGGCGAUAAUGUAGAUAACAUAGAACCUCUCAACCACUGAGCUAAAGGAGCGUAUACUGGUAGGACUGGGACAAAAGUGGUCCAGGACUGGACUCCACAGCUGCACAGAAUCUGCACAUUGCUGACCUCAGUUAAAGUCUCCUUAUUAACAGACUUUCCCUUUAAGAGAACCUUUAAAACGUGGACUGGGUCUCACGUCCACGAUGAACGUCAAACGUUUAUUUUUCACUGAGCCUCAAACAGACGUUCGUGUCUGAAGAUGGUCUUCAGAGGGACCCUCGUCCCUGUUCGUCUCAGUUGUGGUUGGAAAUGAGUCCCUCACGGCUCUGCU